AUGGUUGAAAACCUAGAAGAUGAGAAAAUUAAUAAACUGCUGCUGAAGUUGGCAGAUGCAAAAGUUUUGGUGAGAGGGAUUCCAGAAAAUAUUGUUGUUGGCUCUCAUGUUUGGGUUGGAGAUCCAGAACUAGUUUGGAUUGAUGGACAAGUACUGAAUAUCAACGGAGAAGAAGCUGAAAUUCAAACUAGCAAUGAGAAGAAGGUUCUUUCCCGUUUGUCAAAAUUAUAUCCCAAGGAUGUGGAUGCGCCUACUGAAGGAGUUGAUGACAUGACCAAGCUUGCUUAUUUGAAUGAGCCAGGAGUGCUGCAUAAUUUGGAAACUAGAUACAUGAUGAAUGAAAUAUAUACAUAUACCGGAAAUAUUCUCAUUGCAAUCAAUCCCUUCCAAAGUCUUUCACAUCUGUAUGAUACUAAUGUGAUGCAAAGAUACAAGGGAGCAAUGUCCGGAGAGUUGAGCCCACAUGUUUUUGCAAUUGCUGAAGCAGCAUAUAGGGAAAUGAUUAAUGAGGAUAAAAGCAACUCUAUUCUUGUUAGUGGUGAGAGUGGUGCUGGCAAGACGGAAACCACCAAAAUGCUUAUGCAGUACCUGGCAUAUUUGGGUGGUCACACUGCAUCCGAAGGACGAACUGUCGAAAAACAAGUUCUAGAAGUGGUACGGUUGAAGCAUGAGACAACUUUGGAGGGUGAAAGUGCUCCAAAAUUUAUGGGAGAGGAAGUGGUAAUGCAAUUGGGAUGGAGUUAUCAAGCUCGAGGGUAA